GGCUCCGCGCACUCGCUGCCGCGGUCCCCAAGACCCGGGCGCACGAACCUCGGCGCAGCUCUUUUGCGCUCGCCCAGCCCGCGGCCGUCGGAGUCACCAUGCAGUCCUCGCGCGCUGCGCUCCUGCCGCUGCUGUUGCCGCUGUUGCUGGCCGCGCCCUCCUGGGCACUUCCGUCCCGGCCUGGCCGCUCGGCCCCUGCGGUUACCGGCUGCCCGGACCGCUGCGAGCCAGCGCGCUGCCCCCCGCCGCCCACCGACUGCGAGGGUGGCCGCGUCCGCGACGCGUGCGGCUGCUGCGAGGUGUGCGGUGCGCCCGAGGGCGCUGUGUGCGGUCUGCAGGAGGGACCGUGCGGCGAGGGGCUGCAGUGCGUGGUGCCCUUCGGGGUGCCCGCCUCGGCCACCGUGCGACGGCGAGCACAGGCCGGCCUGUGCGAGUGCGCCAGCAGCGAGCCGGUGUGCGGCAGCGAUGCCAAGACCUACACCAACCUGUGCCAACUGCGCGCCGCCAGCCGCCGCUCGGAGAAGCUGCGCCAGCCUCCGGUUAUCGUCCUGCAGCGCGGCGCCUGCGGCCAAGGGCAGGAAGACCCCAACAGUUUGCGUCAUAAGUACAACUUUAUUGCUGAUGUAGUGGAGAAGAUCGCCCCUGCUGUGGUUCACAUCGAGCUGUUUCGCAAGCUUCCUUUUUCGAAGAGGGAGGUGCCAGUGGCUAGUGGGUCUGGGUUUAUUGUCUCCGAAGAUGGACUGAUUGUGACAAAUGCCCAUGUGGUGACCAAUAAGCACCGGGUUAAGGUAGAGCUGAAGAAUGGAGCUACCUACGAAGCCAAAAUCAAGGAUGUGGAUGAAAAGGCAGACAUUGCACUUAUCAAAAUUGACCACCAGGGGAAACUGCCAGUCCUGCUGCUUGGCCGCUCCUCCGAGCUGCGGCCGGGAGAGUUUGUGGUCGCCAUCGGAAGUCCCUUUUCCCUCCAAAACACUGUCACCACUGGGAUCGUCAGCACCACCCAGCGAGGUGGCAAAGAGCUGGGGCUCCGGAACUCGGACAUGGACUACAUCCAGACAGAUGCCAUCAUCAAUUAUGGAAACUCCGGCGGCCCAUUGGUAAACCUGGAUGGUGAGGUGAUUGGAAUCAACACACUGAAAGUGACAGCAGGUAUCUCCUUUGCAAUACCAUCUGAUAAGAUCAAAAAGUUCCUGACAGAGUCCCACGACCGACAGGCUAAAGGAAAAGCUGUCACCAAGAAGAAGUACAUUGGGAUCCGAAUGAUGUCGCUCACAUCCAGCAAGGCCAAAGAGCUGAAGGACCGUCACCGAGACUUCCCAGAUGUCCUCUCCGGAGCAUAUAUCAUCGAAGUAAUUCCUGACACUCCGGCAGAAGCUGGCGGUCUCAAGGAAAAUGAUGUCAUCAUCAGCAUCAAUGGACAGUCAGUGGUCUCUGCCAAUGACGUCAGCGAUGUCAUUAAAAAAGAAAAUACCCUGAACAUGGUUGUCCGCAGAGGCAAUGAAGACAUUAUGAUUACAGUGAUUCCUGAAGAAAUAGACCCAUAGACAGAGGCAGGAGCUGGACUUCAUGUUUCCCUCAAAGACUCUCCAGUGGAUGACACAUGAGGACUCUGGGCUGGUGGCACAGGACACCCAGGACUUUUGACCACCAUUUUAUUUGUUCAGUGGAAACACCCCAGCUGACAGAAUCCUUUUUGAUAGUUUGCAGGCAAAACAAAUGUAAUGUUGCAGGUGCGUAGGCCGAAGCUCCGCCCUCUGUAUCCUAUGUAUGCAACGUGCUUUUUCUUGCCAGCUUGGGCUGUUCCUGCAUAGACAGUCAACAUUUAUCUCUUCCUUUAACCCGAGUUGUCCAACUAAUGUAGUUGACGUGAUGCAAUAAGAGGAAGGUCCCCAGGAGUCGUGGUCCCGGGCCUGUUUACACUUUCUUCCAGGUGAGCACCUGGAGGAAGUUCAUGUACAGAGACCACAGUUGGGUGAACGCUGGCUUCUGAGACGGCCAAAGUUGCCUCUUUUAGGAACCUCUUCAGGACUGGGAGCAGUAUGACUUUGAGCUAUUAAAGUAUUUCUUCAUACAUG